AUGUCUUUCUUUCUUUCUUUCUCCAUGCAUUUUUCAUUUAUUCAUUCAUUCAUUCAUUUUGUCUUUGUCGAUAUCCUUUCUUUCUUUCUUUCUUUCUUUCUUUCUUCAUGCAUUUUUCAUUCAUUCAUUCAUUCUGUCUUUGUCGAUAUCCUUCGUUCGUUCUUUCUUUCUUUCUUUCUUUCUUUCUUUCUUUCUUUCUCAAUGCAUUUUUCAUUCAUUCAUUCAUUGUCUUUGUCGAUAUCCUUUUUCUUUCUUUCUUUCUUUCUCCAUGCAUUUUUCAUUCAUUCAUUCAUUCUGUCUUUGUCGAUAUCCUUUCUUUCUUUUCUUUCUUUCUUUUCUUUUCUUUCUUUCUUUUUUCUUUCUCCAUGCAUUUUUCAUUCAUUCAUUCAUUCUGUCUUUGUCGAUAUCCUUUCUUUCUUUUCUUUCUUUCUUUCUUUCUUCAUGCAUUUUUCAUUCAUUCAUUCAUUCUGUCUUUGUCGAUAUCCUUUCUUUCUUUCUUUCUUUUUCUUUCUUUUCUUCUUUUCUUUCUCCAUGCAUUUUUUCAUUCAUUCAUUCAUUCUGUCUUUGUCGAUAUCCUUUCUUUUUCUUUCUUUUUUCUUUCUUUCUUUCUUUCUUUCAUGCAUUUUUCAUUCAUUCAUUCAUUCUGUCUUUGUCGAUAUCCUUUUUUUUCUUUCUUUCUUUCUUUCUUUCUUUUUUUCUUUCUCCAUGCAUUUUUCAUUCAUUCAUUCAUUCUGUCUUUGUCGAUAUCCUUUCUUUCUUUCUUUCUUUCUUUCUUUUCUUUCUUUUCAUGCAUUUUUCAUUCAGUCAUUCAUUCUGUCUUUGUCGAUAUCUUUUCUUUCUUUCUUUUUUUUUCUUUUCUUUUCUUUCUCCAUGCAUUUUUUCAUUCAUUCAUUCAUUCUGUCUUUGUCGAUAUCCUUUCUUUCUUUCUUUCUUUCUUUCUUUCAUUUUUCUUUCAUUCAUUUUCUUUUUCUUUCUUUUCUCCAUGCUUUUUUUCAUUCAUUCAUUCAUUCUGUCUUUGUCGAUAUCCUUUCAUUCAUUUUUCUUUCUUUUCGAUAUUCUUUUCUUUCUUUCUUUUCUUUCUUUCUUUCUUUCUUUCUUUCUUUUCUUUCUUUCUUCAUGCAUUUUUCAUUCAUUCAUUCAUUCUGUCUUUGUCGAUAUCCUUUCUUUCUUUUCUUUCUUUUCUUUCUUUCUUUCUUUCUUUCUCCAUGCAUUUUUCAUUCAUUCAUUCAUUCUGUCUUUGUCGAUAUCCUUUUUUUCUUUCUUUCUUUCUUUUUCUUUCUUCAUGCAUUUUCAUUCAUUCAUUCAUUCUGUCUUUGUCGAUAUCCUUUCUUUCUUUUUUCUUUCUUUCUUUUUUUCUUUUCUUUCUUCAUGCAUUUUUCAUUCAUUCAUUCAUUCUGUCUUUGUCGAUAUCCUUUCUUUCUUUCUUUCUUUCUUUCUUUCUUUCUUUCUCCAUGCAUUUUUCAUUCAUUCAUUCAUUCUGUCUUUGUCGAUAUCCUUUCUUUCUUUCUUUCUUUCUUUCUUUCUUUCUUUCUUUCUUUCUUCAUGCAUUUUUCAUUCAUUCAUUCAUUCUGUCUUUGUCGAUAUCCUUUCUUUCUUUCUUUCUUUCUUUCUUUCUUUCUUUCUUUCUUUUUCUUUCUUUCUCCAUGCAUUUUUCAUUCAUUCAUUCAUUCUGUCUUUGUCGAUAUCCUUUCUUUCUUUCUUUCUUUCUUUCUUUCUUUCUUUCUUUCUUUCUUUCUUUCUUUCUUUCUUUCUUUCUUUCUUCAUGCAUUUUUCAUUCAUUCAUUCAUUCUGUCUUUGUCGAUAUCCUUUCUUUCUUUCUUUCUUUCUUUCUUUCUCCAUGCAUUUUUCAUUCAUUCAUUCAUUCUGUCUUUGUCGAUAUCCUUUCUUUCUUUCUUUCUUUCUUUCUUUCUUUCUCCAUGCAUUUUUCAUUCAUUCAUUCAUUCUGUCUUUGUCGAUAUCCUUUCUUUCUUUUCUUUUCUUUCUUUCUUUCUUUUUUCUUUCUUCAUGCAUUUUUCAUUCAUUCAUUCAUUCUGUCUUUGUCGAUAUCCUUUCUUUCUUUCUUUUCUUUUCUUUCUUUUCUUUUUCUUUCUCCAUGCAUUUUUCAUUCAUUCAUUCAUUCUGUCUUUGUCGAUAUCCUUUCUUUCUUUCUUUCUUUCUUUCUUUCUUUUCUUUCUUUCUUUUCUUCAUGCAUUUUUCAUUCAUUCAUUCAUUCUGUCUUUGUCGAUACCCUUUCUUUUCUUUUCUUUUUUUCUUCAUGCAUUUUUCAUUCAUUCAUUCAUUCUGUCUUUGUCGAUAUCCUUUCUUUCUUUUAUUUCUUUUUUUCUUUUCUUUCUUUCUUUUCUUUUCUUUCUUUUUCUCCAUGCAUUUUUCAUUCAUUCAUUCAUUCUGUCUUUGUCGAUAUCCUUCGUUCUUUCUUUCUUUCUUUCUUUCUCCAUGCAUUUUUCAUUCAUUCAUUCAUUCUGUCUUUGUCGAUAUCCUUUCUUUCUUUCUUUCUUUCUUU